AUGGUAAGAGAGUUGGAAGCGAGCGCUCAAGAUGUACGCAUAAUGACAGCAUUUUCGAGAUCUUUGAGCAAACGGAUUGAAACGGUUGAAGAUAUGUCGUCGAGAAAGCGUUCUUUGACGGCAACGUCAAAUUCAGAAGAAUUAGUCAGUCUCACCGAGCAAUUGCGUUUGGAAACACCUCAUCCAAAAGGAUCGUUGGCAAAUCAGCAGAAAUUAAGAUUCGAAGAAAUUGAUUCAGAGUUGAAACCAUCCACAGUUCCAGCACCGAGCAAGAAGCCAAUCAAUACGACGACUUCAUCAACAGUUCGAAGGCCACCUCGUAAGCCGAAAGCACGGCAACAGGAUUUGAAAAAGGUUCUGAUGGAGCAAAAUACGGACAUGGCUGGUAUUGCAGCAACAUUGACUGCUUCGAGCGUUCGAAACGUCAUGAUAACGCCUUCGUCGAGUCGACGUCUGCGACCAGUUCUUCAGCGAGCCGUAAAAACGCCGGCUGCGAGUGCUUUCUACAAGGACAUCGAUUCAGUCAUCGACGAAGAAGCAGAAGCUUGA